ACUGUCAGAUGACUUAUUACCCAGUGAAAAUAACUCAAAUAGUCCAAAUAGUUUGGAUAUAUUUUUUCCUUUCUUUCCUACUUAUGAAAAGUUUCCGUUUAUAUCAUAGUGCGUUUCUAUCGUAAACAAAAAGAUAUAAAACUUCAGAUAUUAACAUACAUGAGAAAACCUUACAAAAACCCUAUAUAAUUGAAGAACAUACAAUGGCCACCAUAAGAAUGGCUUACAGUAUUCAGUUAUGCCUCAUGAACUGAUCAGUACAUUAUUGUGAGAGAGUGCAAAAUCUAUUGCGAGAACGCAAAAGAAGAAAAAAAUCCCCCAUGUUCCCUGGGGGCUCCAUUUAAAAGCCUCUAGCUUUUUGUGAGUAGUAUAUAUUCAGAAGAAAUGAUGCUGAAUGCUCCACAGAUUUAUUCCUGACCUAUCUGCCUUUUCUUAAUGUGUGUUGUAUAAUAAAUCUUUGAGGCUGAUAUUCAUAUGAUUAAAUUGGACACAGGUGGUGUUGGAUUCCGGGGUUUUUGGGGGGUUUUUUGUGUCUGGGUCCUUUUUUCGGCUAGUCACUAGCCUUCCACCAGAUGGCACCACAGACUGCUUUUCCUGGUGGGCGUGCUGACCUCCAACACACCUGUUCGGCAUCUCCUCAUCAUCUCUGGAGCUCAAGAGGAGCUGACUGCCGGUUCUUCGAUGCCUAAGUGUUUGCCAGCAAUGGUGUCCUCCUCGAGACGCUGAGUUCCUUUGUUAAGGGAAUUUUUCCCCCUAGUUUUCCGGAACCCAUUCCCUCGUGACGCCGUGGAGAUUACCCACUAUUUGCCCGAGUCCCCGCACCUUCCCUUGGAAACGCCGUUCGUCAGUCGGAACACUCCUCUGUCUCCAGCCCACCAGAGCCUGCCUGUCCGCCUUCCACCGCCAGCUUCUGGACCCAGCUGGUUCUCAGAUAAGCCCGGACGCAUUGAGAAAACCCUUUGGACUAAACAACCUCGAUCCAACAGUUAAACCCUCCCGGACUUUCACCAUCUACUCUGCAAGUAAGAUCAGUCCGUUUCUCAUUCCCUCACUCCCUUUUCCGACGCCCUCGAACUCACCUUCUCUCUGUUGCCUCCAUAGUGUGCCGUAUUUCCUGAGAGCCGUAUUUCCUGGAGCAGACGCACCUCUGCUGAUUUUCUGAUUAUUCAAUAAACCAUUUUUACUGAUUAUCCGUUUCCCUGUGGUGUUCUGCAUGUGGGCAAGAAAAGUAGACCCCAACAUGACAGAACACUCAGGCCAAAAUCCUAGCCCAGCAGACGCCAUUAGGAAAACUCUUACAGAGCAACAUGCACUAUUACAAUCCCAUGAAUCAGCCCUCCAGGAACUUAAUACCAGAUCGAGACCAAUCGACGGUUGAACAAAUUAAUGAAUUUUUUGCAAAACUCUGUUCCACAGUCUCCAGCUCCCGAACCUACCCCGGCUCCAGAUCCAGAUCCUCCAGUCUGUUCCACGUUUUCGGAGAUCCACCCACCGACGCCAGAAAGAUUUUCUGGGGAUUUGGACAAAUGCAAAGGUUUUAUUUUACAAUGUUCCAUAAUUUUCAAUCGCUGUCUGCAAAGCUUUGUCCAUGAUGGCACCAAAAUUGCCUACGUCCUUUCUCUCUUGUCGGGCCAAGCGCUGAAUUGGGCCGAGGCCAGGUUCCCCUCGCCCACCGAUUAUGAUUGCACCUUUGAGGAAUUUUUAAGAGAGUUUAAGCAGGUGUUCAGCCACAAUCAUGAUAAAACUUUUCACUCCAGAGAUUUAUGGAGAAUUAAACAGGGACAGUGAACAGUGGCCGACUUCGCUAUCGAGUUCAGAAUAAAAGCACCAGCUUCUGGCUGGAAUACCGCCUCUUUAAAGAGCGUGUAUUUUCACGCUUUGAAUGAGUCUAUCAAAGACGAAUUAGCCACGCUCGACGAACCAGCAACCCUAGAAGAGCUAAUAAGUCUAACAAUUCGCUUAGACUCAAGAAUACGAUCCAGAGCUAAAGAGAGGAAUUGUAGAGACACUCCCGUAAGAGUUUCUGCCGCUUCCUUACCUCUCAGAUCCGAUUCAGCUCCUCCCGGCUCUUCAGAACCUGAGCCUAUGCAAAUCGGCCGAACUCGCCUCACCCCGCAGGAACAACAUAAAAGAAUGACCUCUCACCUAUGUCUUUAUUGCGGGCUCCCCGGUCAUUUUAUCGCUCACUGUCCUGAGCGGUUAAACCCUCAGGUCCGCCAGUAGGGGCGAGGAGGGUGGCGGACCAUCAACAGAAUAACGACUCUCCUUGCUUGCUAUUACCGGCUACCCUGAUCCAUGAGGACCAAUCUCUCCAGUUGUCCGUUUUAGUCGAUUCAGGUUGUGAGCAGGACCUAAUUCACCACUUUAGUUCAGCAGUUGGCCAUCGAAACCAUUCCCCUCACCGCUCCACUUCGAUUCACCGCUAUCGACAGCCAGGCCCUUCCUCAGAUCACCCAUCAGACCAAGCCUAUACAAUUAGUCAUUUCUGGAAACCAUAGAGAAUUUAUUUCCUUCUUUGUUUUUCCCUCAGCUAACUCCCCUAUAAUCCUCGGCUUCAAUUGGCUUCAACGACAUAAUCCUCACAUUAACUGGGCUAACCGUCAUGUCGAAUCGUGGUCCACGUUCUGUCACUCAUCCUGCCUCUGUUCUGCAGUUCCACCAGGUCCGUCACCGGCUGAGCCGAAACAAGUGCAUCCUCCCGAUCUGUCCACAAUUCCACCUGAAUAUCACGAUUUAGCUCCAGUUUUCAGCAAGGCCAAAGCUCUGUCUCUUCCUCCUCACAGACCCUAUGAUUGCGCAAUAGAUCUCCUUCCUGGUGCACCUCUUCCUUCCAGCCACCUUUACAACAUUUCCCGACCAGAACGCGAAACUAUGGAAAAGUACAUAAAAGACUCAUUAGCUGCCGGCGUUAUCCGCCUGUCCUUCUCUCCAUUAGGGGGGGGGGGUUCUUUUUCGUGGGCAAGAAGGACGGCUCUCUCCGUCCUUGCAUUGAUUAUCGUGGGUUGAACCAGAUCACUGUAAAAAACAAGUAUCCCUUGCCCCUGUUGUCCUCCGCCUUUGAACCGGUCCAUGGUGCUACCAUUUUUUCUAAAUUAGAACUCAGAAAUGCCUAUCACCUACUCCGUAUUCGUCAGGGGGAUGAGUGGAAGACGGCAUUCAAGACACCCCUCGGUCACUUCGAAUAUCUAGUCAUGCCUUUUGGCUUAUUGAACGCCCCAGCAUUUUUUCAAGCUCUCGUCAACGACGUUCUGAGAGAUUUUCUGAAUGUUUUCAUUUUUGUGUACUUGGACGACAUUCUCAUUUAUUCCAAGAACCUCACAGAACACAGACAACAUGUCCGGCUCGUCCUCCAACGCCUACUGGAGAAUAAACUUUUUAUUAAAUCGGAGAAGUGGGAGUUCCAUAAAGCAUCUGUCUCCUUCCAGGAGUUCGUUCUAGAAGGCAGACAGGUAAGGCCCACGGAGGAGAAGAUCAAGGCGGUUUUGGACUGGCCCAUUCCCGAGACGCGGAAGCAACUUCAGAGGUUUCUAGGCUUCGCUAACUUCUAUCGCAGAUUUAUCCGCAACUACAGUCAAACUGCCCAACCGUUAACAGCUCUAACGUCCUCCAAGAUCCACUUCAGUUGGACCCCAGAAGCAGAUAAAGCAUUUGUGAAACUCAAGAGUCUUUUUUCCAGAGCACCUGUGCUAGUCCAACCAGACCCCACGAAGCAAUUUAUUGUUGAGGUUGAUGCUUCUGAUUCUGGGGUCGGGGCGGUGCUGUCUCAAAUUUCUGCUUCUGACAACAAGACUCACCCGUGUGCUUUUUUUCUCCCAUAGACUAUCCCCCCUGGAGUGCAACUAUGACGUGGGUGACCGCGAAUUAUUGGCCAUAAAGCUGGCCUUGGAGGAGUGGCGGCACUGGCUGGAGGGGGCGGAACACCCAGUACUAGUUUGGACUGAUCAUAAAAAUUUGUCCUACCCCCAAUCUGCUAAGAGGCUCAAUCCACGUCAGUCCCGCUGGUCACUUUUUUUCUCUAGAUUCAACCUAGCCAUUUCCUUUCGUCCCGGUUCCCGCAACAUCAAACCCGACGCUUUGUCCUGAGUCCACUCUCCAGACGACACUGAUAAGGUUCCUGCCUCUAUUCUUCCCCCCAGUUGCACUGUAGCCGCAGUGACUUGGGAAAUAGAGGAUUUAAUUAAACAAGCCCAACAAUCUGAACCUACCCCAGAGUCAUGUCCGUCUAACAGGAUCUACGUUCCCUCCACGAUUAGAGCCCGGUUUAUUAAUUGGAUUCACUCCUCCAAAUUUUCAGCACACCCAGGUAUAAGCCACACCAUUGCCCUUAUUAACCGCCGGUUCUGGUGGCUGUCAAUACACAAGGAUGUCAAAGAAUACAUCCUGGCCUGCUCCAUCUGUUCAAGGAACAAACCGUCCCAUCGACCUCCUUCGGGCUACCUCCAACCUCUACAUAUUCCCAGCCGUCCCUGGUCCCACAUAUCCAUAGACUUCAUCACUGGCUUACCUCCCUCCAAAGGUAUGACAACCAUACUCACCAUCAUUGAUCGUUUUUCGAAAGCCUGUCAUUUAGUUCCUCUCAAGAGGUUACCCAAUGCGUUUCAGACCGCCCAGUUGCUCGUGAAACAUGUUUUCUGUGUGCAUGGAACCCCGCAGGAGAUCCUGUCGGACUGCGGGCCUCAGUUCAUCUCCCGGGUCUGGAGGAGUUUCUGUUCUGCGCUUGAGGCUAACGUCUCUUUAACUUCAGGUUUUCACCCUCAAACUAAUGGCCAGACAGAGCGCAUGAACCAGGAAUUAGAGUCGACCCUCCGCUGCUUCACAUCUACUAACCCGUCUGACUGGAGUCAAUUCCUUCCAUGGGUGGAGUAUGCUCAUAACAGUCACACUUCCGCUGCCACAGGUUUUUGACCGUUUGAAGUUUCCUUAGGAUACCAACCACCGAUGCUCUCCUCUGAGGAAAAGGACAUUUCUGUGACUUCUGUGCAACAUCACAUCCGUCACUGCCGAAGGGUUUGGAGAAGUACGGUCCAUGCCCUCAACCACACAGCGGAGCAAAACAAGCGCCAAGCGGAUCGCAAAAGGAUCCCGGCCCCCGUCUACACUUCACGUCAGAGAGUACGGUUAUCCUCACAUAACAUACCGCUGAAAUCCAUGUCGAAAAAACUAUCUCCCAGGUUUAUCGGCCCAUUCGAGAUCACAUCGGUAAUCAGCCCGUCUGCGGUUCGUCUUCGCCUCCCUUCUACCAUGCGCAUACAUCCAACCUUUCACGUUUCACAGAUUAAGCCCGUACAGGCCAGCAAGCUAUGUCCUCCUUCCGAGCCCCCUCCUCCCGCCCGAGACGUUGAUGGCCAUCCGGCCUAUUCUGUCCGCCGGAUCGUGGACUCCCGUCGGCGGGGUCGUGGUUGGCAGUACCUCGUUGACUGGGAGGGCUACGGUCCGGAGGAUCGUUCCUGGGUCCCCGGCUCAUUCCUUUUGGACCCGUCCCUUAUUGCUGAUUACCGUUGUUCUCUCCCUUCUUGUUCGUCUUGGCCGCCAGGUGGCGACCGUUGAGGGGGGGUACUGUUGGAUUCCGGGGUUUUUUGGGGUUUUUCGUGUCUGGGUCCUUUUUUUGGCUAGUCACUAGCCUUCCACCAGAUGGCGCCACAGACUGCUUUUCCUGGCGCGCGUACUGACCUCCAACACACCUGUUCGGCAUCUCCUCAUCAUCUCUGGAGCUCAAGAGGAGCUGACUGCCGGUUCUUCGAUGCCUAAGUGUUUGCCAGCAAUGGUGUCCUCCUCGAGACGCUGAGUUCCUUUGUUAAGGGAAUUUUUCCCCCUAGUUUUCCGGAACCCAUUCCCUCGUGAUGCCGUGGAGAUUACCCACUGGUUGCCCGAGUCCCCGCACCUUCCCUUGGAAACGCCAUUCGUCAGUCGGAACACUCCUCUGUCUCCAGCCCGCCAGAGCCUGCCUGUCCGCCUUCCACCGCCAGCUUCUGGACCCAGCUGGUUCUCAGACAAGCCCCGACCCAUUGAGAAAACCCUUUGGACUAAACGACCUCGAUCCAACAGUUAAACCCUCCCGGACUUUCACCAUCUACUCUGCAAGUAAGAUCAGUCCGUUUCUCAUUCCCUCACUCCCUUUUCCGACGCCCUCGAACUCACCUUCUCUCUGUUGCCUCCAUAGUGUGCCGCAUUUCCUGAGAGCCGUAUUUCCUGGAGCAGACGCACCUCUGCUGAUUUUCUGAUUAGUCAAUAAACCAUUUUUACUGAUUAUCCGUUUCCCUGUGGUGUUCUGCAUGUGGGCAAGAAAAGUAAACCCCAACAUGACAGGUGGACUUAGUCAAGAUUUUAUUUAAUCUGAUAAUAGAAAAGUGUUUGAAUAAAAUGUACAGAUUUUACAGAUUUUCCUUUGUAAAAAAAAUUUAAAAACCGCAUUUCAUUUUUCUUACUCCAAGCUAAUUUGAGUUAGUCUGUGACAUAAGCUUUCAUUUAAAAUACACUGAAAGUUGUUAUUGUGAUAUGACAAAAUGUGAAAAGGUUCAAAGGAGUAUACAUUAGUUUACAUUUUUAAGGCUCCUUACAUUAUGCAAAUAUUCUCAUUUAAUGUUUACUGUGAAAUUAAUUCUUGAUGCCCUAAUGCUGACAUUUAGUGUCUUAUUUCUAGGAAUACAGUUUACUCUGUAAUAAGAGCAGAUUCUGCAGUGAAUGUGCAGAGAGCCUUUGUAACAAAAUGUGAAUCUAUGAGACAUUGCUUUGCAUUUUGCUGUAGCCCAACCAAACUGAUCCUGGAAUCAGAGUUACAGUACAUGUUUCUUUGUGCACUCUCACCUUUGUGGGUGCAGCUUUUUAAAGGCAAAUUCUUCUACUGUGAUGGGCUAAAUGUCAGCAAUAUCACCAACAAAACCGAGUGUCUGGAGGCGGGUUAUCACUGGAUACGACGGAAAUACAACUUUGACAACCUUGGACAGGCACUGAUGUCGCUCUUCGUGCUGUCUUGUAAGGACGGCUGGGUGAGCAUUAUGUAUGACGGCCUGGAUGCUGUUGGGGUGGACCAGCAGCCAAAAAGAAACAAUAACCCCUGGAUGCUGCUAUUCUUCAUCUCGUUCCUCCUCAUUGUGAGCUUUUUCGUGCUCAACAUGUUUGUGGGUGUGGUGGUGGAAAACUUUCACAAGUGUCGGCAGCAGCAGGAGGAGGAGGAAGCCAGGCUGAGAGAGGAGAAACGACAGAAGCGGCUGGAGAAAAAGAGGAGAAGAGCCCUGGAGAAGCCUUAUUACGCUGACUACUCCCCACUGCGGCGAUCCAUACACACAGUGUGCACCAGCCAUUACCUGGAUCUGUUCAUCACCAUCAUCAUCUUCACAAACCUCCUAACUAUGAGCAUGGAGCACUACAACCAACCUCGGUACUUGGAGGAGAUCCUGAAGUACUGCAACUAUGUCUUCACUCUGGUGUUUGUUAUUGAGGCAAUUCUGAAGCUUAUCGCUUUUGGCCUGCGACGAUUUUUCAAAGAGAGAUGGAACCAGCUGGACUUAGCCAUCGUGUUGUUGUCCAUAAUGGGAAUCACGCUGGAGGAAAUAGACCUGAGUGCUUCCCUCCCCAUCAAUCCCACAAUCAUUCGGAUCAUGAGGGUUCUCAGGAUAACAAGAGUGCUGAAGCUGCUGAAGAUGGCCACAGGGAUGAGAGCUUUGUUGGACACAGUGAUGCAAGCUCUGCCUCAGGUGGGGAAUCUGGGUCUGCUCUUCAUGUUGCUGUUCUUCAUCUAUGCAGCUCUGGGAGUUGAGCUCUUUGGAAAACUGGAGUGUUCAGAUCUGAACCCUUGUGAGGGUCUUAGUCGGCACGCCACCUUUGACAACUUUGGCAUGGCUUUCCUCACGCUCUUCAGGGUUUCCACUGGAGACAACUGGAAUGGGAUUAUGAAGGACACACUGCGAGAGUGCCGUCCAAACGAUCGCCACUGCCUCAACUACCUGCCCUUGAUCUCCCCUGUCUACUUUGUUACCUUUGUCCUCACGGCCCAGUUCGUUUUGGUCAACGUGGUGGUCGCCGUUCUGAUGAAGCACCUGGAAGAAAGCAAUAAGGAGGCUCAGCUGGAGGAAAUGGAGGAGAGGAAAGAGAGGGAGAGGGAGGAGGUGUCCCGGCGUCUCAGCUGCACAUCGGAGUUAGAGAUGAACAUGGACACACCUGUCCAGGUACAAGUGGAAGACAAGGAAUGUUCCCAUGGAAACCUGAGGCGAAUGGGACGAAUACUGUCUCUCCCCAACGACACUUGCGUCCCGCCUCUCAGAUUCUCCUCUUACACUCCCAUUGGCCACGAGUCCAUCUGCAGCUACAGCUACUCAGGCUCCAUGUCCUCUCUGGGUUCCAGUGCAGGCAACUCUCUUCUGCAGGUUCCAGGAGUUCUUCCUGCAAUCAGCCACGCUUCACUGGGCUCUAAACAUAGCCCCAGGCCCAUCAUCUGGCUCAGCACCUCCCAAAACAUCGACAGGCAGUCUGUACACAGACUCAGUCCGGCUGACAGCAUGGAGGGCCACAGGCUCAGUUCAGCUCAGUGGACAAAUAGCCACAGACUGAGCUCAGCUCACAGUAUAGAUGGAUAUAGAUUCAGUCCAACCCGUCGACUGAACAGACACAGACUCAGCUCCACUCACAGUAUGGAUGGAUACAGGCUGAACCCCAAUCUGAUCGCAGACCGGCCGAAGCUGCAGUCCAGCCACAGCAUGGAGAGAUGUCCGUCUGUCAGGCUGAGUCCUACAGAAGGAGAGAGCAGACGUUCAUGCUGGCUAAGUCCUGAAGAGAGUAUGGACAGAAACAAGCUCAGUCCCACCUAUGUUCCAGAAAGUUCCAUCCUAAAGAAACCAGCAUCCUUCCGCUCUGCAGGCAAACAGUUAAGGAGACAGGCGGCUGUGCGCUGUGACUCCCUGGACCAGAGUGGCUCAGCUGAUGACCUGGCAGAGACCUGCUUCACUGAGCCCCCGGCCGCCUCCUCUACGCCGUGCCAGAGAUCGUCCAGCGUGCACACACUGAAAUACACUCACCCCCAGAGGGUGAUCUCCUGCAAGAGCCACAGCCGGAGCCACAGUGAGACCACCACCCAUGAAUACGUACCUGAGCAGGCCAGCUGUGGCUUGCAGCCAGACACAGAGGCAGAAAAGAGGCCUGUCAGCCCUCAGGGCCCAUCCAGUUUGAAGGUCACCAGCACUGAAUCCAUCCUUUCUGCUCCACUGCUUAACCACAGAGCGGCUGGGUCAGACCCCGCCCCCACGCUGGAUGAUGCUGAUGAGGAGGUCGAUGGUAUGAACGGUUUGGUCGCUCAGCCUGCUGCCGUUCCGAGUCUCGGGGAGCAGCGGAGUCGCCUCAGUCACACGGCUUCGCCCGUCUCAGGCAGGAGCAGGAAGCACCGGAUGAGCCCACCGCCGGGUGACGAGCCGGUCACUGAGGCCACACAGUUUCUAGACAGUAGUUUUGAGCUGAGGAGGCGGACUCUGUCGUUUGAUGCCACCACCGUCUCUCCUAACCAGCAGGAGGGCAGCUCUGUGGAGGACAUAAAACCAGAGCCAAACAUUCUGCUGAACUUCUCAUGAGAGGCACAAAAGCUUCAGACUGAAGCAGGAGUGUUUCCUGCUGUUUCCUCCUUCCUAUUAGAUUUUCACAGUGUGUGAAAAGAAGUCAUGAUGUGUGUACAAGUGAAGAAAUCUAAGGACUGUUUUGUGCUUCAAGCACACAAAAAUGCAUACGUAAAAGAGAAGUUUCUUUUUCUUCUAUCAUAAUCUUAGCUUUAGUUCAGGCACAGUAGCGGCCCGGCUGUAUUUACAACCUUCCUGUUGCUUGCUCUCCUGCUGUUGCCAUUAGUCAUCCUUUCUCUACAAGCCUAGGUCAGAACACAACACAAAGAUUGUGAUGCUUAUUAUAUACAGUGCCUUACAAGAGUAUUUUCAACUUUUCAACUUUUCCGCAUGUGGUGUUACAAAAACAAACUACAGUGUAGUUUGUUUGAAAGUAAAGUGUCAUUUUACUUUGUGGAGUAAAGUAUGCUGUGGGAGAGCAUCAUGCAUGAUGCUCCUGCCACCAUGUUCCAAAGUGUGGAAAGUUUAUUUAUAUGCUCUUUAUUUCCCACCACAAAUAAAUUUUGUUGGCCAAAUAGUGAACUAUUAGUCUUACUUGACCAGAGCACUUUUUUCCUCAUUUGCUGUAUCAUCUUCAUCACUUGUUGCAAAAUGGAAGCAUGACUUCUUACUGCUCUCUUAAACAGUCUUUCUCCCACCAGAGCUGUGGAUCUCUGCAGCUCCUCCAGAGUUGCUGUUGGACUCUUUGCUCCUUCUCUCAAUGCUCUCCUUCAAGCCACUCCAUAAUUUGUACCUGUUUGCUGUAAUCUUUGCGAUGCUGGUGUUCCAACUAAUGUUCUCCAACAAAUCUGCUUCUCAGAGCAGUGAAUACUGAUGAAGUUAUCUGCAAGUGGACACUAUUUACCUGUCAGAUGAUUGCUGGGGGAUGACUUGUUGCAAUGGGUUUCAUUAAUUAAAAAAAACUGAGUACAAAAGCAUGCAAUAUUUUUCAUAUUUUCAUAAUUAAGAAGUUUGCUUUUAAAGUCACUGGUAACCUUUAUUCAACAGUAGCUUCAUAGGAAGAAGGGCAGAGAGAAGAGGAGGAGAUAUGCAGCAAAUGACCCAGACAGGGUCAUGGAACCAGGGACCACUGAGCUGAGGACCAGAGCCUCUGAGUGGUCUACCAGCAUGUGGUCCCCCAACUAAGAAGAUUAUGAAUCACUUUAGCUUCAUUGUUAUGUACGACUUUGUGUUGGACUGUCAAACAGACUCCCAAUCAAAUACAUUGAAAUACAGUAUGUGGUUUUGAAUAAAUGUGGAAAAAUACAUAAGAUUUAAAUACUUUUGCAAGGCACUGUAUUUUCAGAAGUCUAUGAUUUUAUUUUAAUUAGAUAUGCAUCAAGAGACCAAAACGACUUAUUAGGUAUAAUCCAAGUCAAACCAAUAUAUAUGUUUGUGACUUUGUCACAUUUGAGAAACUCAAACCCCAAAAAGAUAAUUUCUAGUUGAUACUCGUCUGUUGUUCAAAGUUGCAGUAUGUAACUUUUAUGAUUUUUUUAAUAUAUGUAUUUGUUGAAACUGUUACUAUGUCAUGACUGUAUGGUGUGAAACAGACAAGCUGUGAGAAAAAUCAAGCUCCUGUGCCUUCUCCCAGUGUCAACUAAAAACAACCAGUCAGAACCAGGAGGUGGGUAUCAGUGCUGUCAAUCACCUCUCUGUGUGGUGCUGCUCAUCCUCCCUCCCUGUUACCCCCUUGCUAUCUGCUAAACCACAGCUAGCAUAGCCAGUUGUGAAUGCUAAGGCUAGUUAGCAUGGCAACGAAAACAGCAGAUAGACAGUUCUUCUGUAAUGUAAGUUGUUUCUCUGCCAUUAUCACAUUUAGCAGCGAGUACAUGUGGUGAUUGAUAGCGCUAAUACCCUCUUCCUGGCUCUGAUUGCUUCCUUUUGGUCAGGAAUGGUGCAUUUCUUCAGAUGGCAAUCUGAAGAAAUGCCAUCACCUCCACCUCAGGGAGGAGGUGGAGGAAAUUGAUCUUUUCACAGAUGAUCUGUCUCAUACCACACUGUCACAACAUGGUGACAGUUUAAAACAAAUAUCUAAAAAAACAGUUUUUAUAAAACUUACAUACUGCAGCUUUCACUAGUUUUUUUACCCAGUGAAUCUACCUAACCUUUGUAUUUUUAUUGUAUAGUAAUAAUCUUCUUGAUAUUUAAGUGAAGAGACCAACUUGAUUUCUUAUCCUUCCAACAGUUUUCAAAGCUAAAUCAUAGAAGCUAUAAUUGCAUAUUUAAUUAUUAAACCUUGAACAUUUUUUCAUGUAAACAAUUUUUAAAAAGGUUCGAGAAAAAACUUGUUUUAAAAACUUUAUGUAUUUAAGGAUGGCCUUCAGCCUCUAUUUAUCUCUUACUUCUCGAAUAAUAGUAUCACCGUAUGUUCAUUGUCUAAAAAUCUGAAACACUUUUAUAUUUUUUAAAUUUUUUUGUAACAGACAGGACUGGAUAAGCCCAGUCCCCAUCAACCUGGAAAAUCAAUGUUGCUUUUUGAACCUUUCAGAUAAAAUCUUGUGGUAUGACCUGGACUUUAGUUGUGUCUACCUCUUAUUUUCCUCCCCUGCUUCUGUCUAUUUGUAUCUUAACUUUUUUCACUCCCCGUCUCUCCACAUCUUUGUAUUCUCAGGGUACAAGAAGUUCAGACACAGUUGAGUGUGAAAUAUGUCAGUGGAGCUUUGCAGCGUUAGAGUGCCCCCUGUUGUCUGAAGUUGGAGCUUGCCCCUAUUUCUCUUCAUUGUUUAAAGAGAGACAGGUGCUUUGAUGGAACUACAAAAGGGCUUACGUAAGUGAUGAAACAAUGCUUACAGUUUGUAGAGAAGGUUAUAUUUUAUUAAAACUGCAGACAUGAUAAAAGAAAGCUGCAUUUCUACAUUUCUGAAUGUCAGUUUACCAGCAUUAUAUCAGCAAGGGAUACACAGUGAGCUGUACAUGAAUGGACAGAGCUGGAAUAAAACCUCUUCCUCUCUGA